UCUCCAGUGUGAGAACUUUACUAAAAACUGGUUUUUUUUCCCCGAAAUAUUUGAUAACUCGGCCAAGCUUCUACUCUCAACUCUUCAGGAACCAGAAUUGGCAGCAUAAAGAGCUCAAUAUUUUGAGAUGAAUAGAAAGAGAAAGUGAGGUGUUGAAACGGAAGCGCAAUUUUGAAAUCGCCGUACCUGUUUAAGGAAGAAGGAAUAGUUGGGAGAGGUGGCGUUAAUAUCCAAAGAUGGUUAACCGGAUAAGGGGAAGGCGGUGGAGCGACCAAACGCUUCUCCCUAUGCGCACCACACGUCAACUCUUUAACACCGUGUCUUGCUGGUAUUGUGAUUUCAAGUUUUCGACUUUCAACGAACCCUUAUUUCGUUUCGGUCGCAGACACUCCAGGUCCUUGAGAGUAUGGUUUUCCAUGGGAAUUGGUUUUAGUUUGGCUGCACUCUUUGGAGUCACAGUAAUUAUGGUUUGUGAAUUUGUCCGGGCAGCAUUUGUGUAUACAGGGAAUAACUCCCUAGGUGACUCAUUGUCAUUGCUGGGACUUUCCUCUUUGAUUGCUGGAUUAAACAUCUCACUUCCCAGUAUGGGAUACUUGAUUGUAUCUUCCGUAAUAUGCGUAAUUGUGCAUGAAUUCGGCCACGCACUUGCAGCAGCCAGUGAGGGAGUCCCUUUGGAGUAUAUCGCCGUCUUUUGGGCUGUGUUAUUUCCAGUUUGCAACUUGGCACUGUUGCUUCUUCCUUUCAUCUUAAGCCCGUUUUACGUGCAUGGUCGAAACCCAAUGGUUCUCGACGUGCCUUCAACAUCACCAUUAUCCGGUUAUCUUUCGCCUUAUGACGUCAUAUACUCUGUGGAUGACAUCCGUAUUCAUACCCCUCAAGAAUGGAAGCAGACUAUUAUUUUAUUGACCCAAAAAGCUCGUUCGAGUUCGUAUUAUUAUAGCGGGAUAUCAAAUGUGAGAAGAGGUUAUUGUGUUCCUCGCUUUUUGAGUGGAGUGAGCAUUCACCUUGAGUUGGAAAUGAAUCAGACGGCGAUUUGUCCGAGCGAACUUGUUGCAUUUGCACCCGUGAUUUGUGGUGGGGCCCACGAAGAAACAAAGAGUAUUAUUUACUGUUUGGAUGCCAAGGAUGUUGUGAAACUUAAAAAAUGCGGCUACUAUGGUAAUGUUCGGUAUCCGACAAAUCAAAUCGAUUGCCAUCUUUGUACGGAGAUAGAAUCAUGUUUGGCGCCAGUACAGCAGCUGGGUCAAGGAUGGAUUGAGAUAACAUAUUCGAGCCCACAAUGCAAACACGAAACGAAAACUAGUCUAUUUUCAGACGAGAAGCAUUCUAUUCGUAGUGAAGGAGAAAACGGUUGCCUUCAAAGUUUUGUUUUCAUUGGUGACCUCAUCUCCAUGGCACAUUCGAUCCAUUUGACUUCUUAUCAACCUCGUUUUUCGAUUUAUUUUGGCACACAUCUUCCGAAUUUGCUCGAAAAAUUCCUUACUUGUUCCUUUCAUGUCUCAUUGCUACUUGCUCUCCUCAACAGUCUCCCGGUAUAUUUUCUGGAUGGUGAAUGUAUCCUUGAAGAGACUUUAAACUACUUCAGAUUUCUGAGCUCAAAGAUGAAGCAGAUGAUUCUCCGGCUCUGGCUUCUUUUAGGGACUUUUAUAUCGAUUUUUUUUGUUGUGCAGAGCAUAUUUGUCGUUGUAAGUUGAUGUGAUUUUCAUUUCACUGCCUCUACUCUAAUUAGGGAGUGUUAGGAUUCGAAGUGUACAUCAAUCAACGUUCUUCAUAGAACCCAAGAAUUGGUAUCAGAGACGCUAUUGAGACAUCAAACAAAAUAUAUGUUGAAGUAUUCAAUAAAAUAAAGAACAAAAAAAAACCAAUAAUUAAGGACACGUGUUAGUUUUGCCCGCUAAAUUUUGCAAUUAUAUGAAACAAGUUAGUAAAAUUACUAACUACCAAAUCACAAAU